CGGGAAAACGUGCUUUCGCCUUCGCUCUCGGACAUGGUAAUUCCGAUACCGAACUUAGCGGGUGUAUGCAAUGACAUAAUAUAUACUGACUGCUGCUCUCAAUAGUCAAGGGAACUCGUCCUGCAUCAGACGGACCAACUGCGCUGGCAAGGACGUGGGGAUCCGAGCAUUGCCGUCAAGAGUACUACUUUAGUCCCCUUGAAAGACGUCGUGGAGACUCUCCCUUGUCUACAUUUCCUCAAUAAACAGCCUUCAUUCACUCAAGCAUAAAACAAAAGCUUUCAACCCGUUGUCCUGAUUUCGGGCACUAACACAUAAAUUUACUUCCGCACGCACUAGAAAGGAAAUCCCACGACAUCGAUUCUUGAGUGCUGUGUACAAAUCCUCUAAAACUACAUCACCAUUGCAAUGGGUCCCAGGUUCUUCAAGAACGGGACUAUCGUUUCAUUCGAUAAGGUCACCGAGUCUAUCAAAGUUCUUCACAACGCUUCCCUAUUGACAAGCGAUGAUGGCAUCAUCACGGCCAUCACAACCCAGCCGGAAACACUCGUACUUCCAACAGACACAGAGAUUAUCGAUGUAACUGACAAGAUCGUGUGUCCAGGAUUCGUCGACACGCAUCGGCAUACUUGGAUGACCGCAUACCGCACUCUUGGCUCCAACAUUAUUCUCGCGCAGUACUUCUCCUGGGUGAGUCAGAUGUCAAAGGCUCGGAACUCGUACUCUGCAGAGGACAUUUACGUCAGUGCUCUUGCUGGCUAUGCGGAGGCGUUGAACGGAGGAGUUACGAGUAUCGUGGAGCACGCUCACCAUAACUGGGAUCAUGAUGUUAUGAUGCGUGGUUUCGAUGCGGCGGUUGAUAGUGGGGCGAGGAUCUGGUGGUGUUACGAUAUAAUGGCUACGAACGAGUCGUUUUCAGGCGGAGAGCAGACAAAGGCACUGCUGGAUCUGGCGGUGCGUCAUAGAAGCACCAGGCCUGACAGUGCGGUUGCGUUCGGGUUGGCUUGGGACAGUCUAUCAUUCACUCCUCCAGACCAGGUUGAGCCCACUCGAGCAAUAAUCCAAUCUCUCAAGCCAGAAGUCAUAACAGUCCACACGGUCGGUCCUGGCCCGUGGGGUUCUGGCAACUCGCCCACCCUCGCACACUCAUACGCUCUUCUAGACAGCCCAAACCCACCCUGGAUCUUCUCCCAUGGUGGCUUCGUCACCGAAUCCGACCGCGCUAUCCUACGCAGCACCGACAACUUCAUAUCCAUCACCCCUGAAUCAGAAAUGCAUUAUGGCCAUGGACAGUUCUCCUGCUGCGAUAUCCAGGACCAGGCUGCGCUCGGUAUUGAUACCGCGUUUACCUUUAGCGGCGAGAUCUUCACGCAAGCACGCAUCUGGCUCCAAGCUGAGCGCGCAAGGAGGUAUAAUGCGGCGUUGAAGACGGCGAUUCCGGACCGCUGUCCGAUGACUGUAGAGCACGCAUUCUUGCUUGCGACGAGGCAUGGAGGAAGGGCUGUACGACGGGACGACAUUGGAGUAUUGACAGUAGGCGCAAAGGCUGAUAUCGUGGUGUUUGAUGGAGAGAGUCCGAAUAUGGCGGGCUGGACGGACCCGGUUGCUGCGGUGAUUCUACAUGCGAAUGUCAGUGAUAUUCGACAUGUCUUGGUGGGCGGGGAGUGGAGAAAGAGAGACGGACAGCUUAUUUUGAAGGAGGGGCAAUGGGAAGGCCUGGCAAGAAGACUGAAGGAAGUUGCAAUACGCGUUCAAGAAGAGAACCGGACUCCACCAGAGCUUCCUGACAAUAUCUGGGGUAAUCCACUGACGACGCCUGAGGUUGUUGAUAUUCGUAGGGGGAAAGAGUGAGCUGGGUAAGUCAUUCAAGAUAUAUUUUAUUAUAGUUUCGUCAUCGUAUCAGGUCUAGAAUU